AGUGAGCAUUUCGGCUGCCAGGCUCCGCCGAGCGUUCGUCUUUUCCUACACUUCUCGCACGUUGGGCCCCCUUCCCUCCCACCUGCGCCGCGAUGCCUACCGUCUUCGCCAAGCCCGCUGCCGCCCCCAGCGUCUUGCGCAGGCCAGCUGGCAACGCGGUCCUCGACACGUCCGUGCCGGUGCGCGCGCAGCCCGACGUUGGGGACCGCAUCCGCGCGUCCCUGUACACGGUGAACGUCACGAUCGAGAUGGUCGACACGCCGACGAAGGCCAACGCGGGUUCUCGCCUCACGCUGUCCGACGGCAUCAGCAUGCGCAGCGGGGCCCCCGCCAACCGCCACGGCCUCACCACUACAGUGAAGAGGGCCACCGACCUGCUGAAGUUGAACCAGCCACCCAACGGAGUAUGCGUUUCCGCUGAAGGGCUCCAGCCACCGCAGGCCGGGCAUAACCCUACCUCCGGGAGGAGUUGGGCCUGGGUGGUGGCCGCCUAUGGCGACAGCGCCAGAGCCGCCUCCCUCGCCACGGAGUACGUGGCGACCCGCGCCGUCGACAUCAUCACCCACUGCUUCUUGAAGGCCGACCUCCACGUCCCGGCGACUGACACCCAGUGCGCCUGGUCCGCCAAGUCCACGCUGCUGAACAAUCGGGUGUCCAUCCGCCGCACGGGCUCCAUGACGAAUGGCCAGACGUACGAGCUCAACGACCUGAUCAAUUUCGUCUACACGAUCCACCCGAACGUCCCGCCCAAGGUGGCCCGCGCACUCAAGGACUUCUUCGACGCGUACCCGUCCAUCAUCACGGAGGGUGCAGGCCCGGCCCUCGUAGGCCCCGCCUCCACGACCGUGCACCACAGCACUUCCGCUGCGGCCGCAGCGCCGAAGCGCGGGGUGAAGCGGCCCCCGGCGCCCAGCGCGGCGAAGAAGGCCAAGAAGCGCUGAUGCUCCAGGCCCAGGCAACUCCAGCGCAAGUUUUUGAAUGCCGCGCUGGCUCCCCGUAGCCCGCCGCGUUGCGCGGGCUGUCAUUUUCGUGAGUUCUUGCGGUUCCCGCUC